UCCCGCCCACAUUCCUGCCUCCCGCUCUGCCAGUCUCCUCCCACAGGUGUCUGUAUCUCCUCCCCUGUUCCCCUUCUUUCGGCCCCGGUGCCGCCUCCCCGGGCUGCGAGUGCCUCCUCCGGCCCGUGUCUCUCAGUGCUGUCUCCGCUCUCCCCCAGACUCAUGGCGCUGCUCGGUAACUCGGGGCCCUCACUUUGAGCCUGACUCUCCCUCCGGUCCUCACUAAUCCUUCCCGCCUUCCCAUCCUACUCCAGGCCGCGGCCCCGGCCUACCCUUCCUGUGGGACAACCCCGGGGCCCGGUGCCAUGUCUAAUCAGGGAUCCCGGCGGAACGGGCCCGUGAAGCUCCGACUGACCGUUCUGUGCGCUAAAAAUCUGGUGAAAAAGGAUUUCUUCACAGGACUCCCGGAUCCCUUUGCCAAGGUGGUUGUGGAUGGGUCGGGGCAGUGCCACUCUACCGACACCGUGAAGAACACAUUGGACCCAAAAUGGAACCAGCAUUAUGACCUCUACAUUGGCAAAUCAGACUCCAUUACCAUCAGUGUUUGGAACCACAAGAAGAUCCACAAAAAACAGGGGGCUGGUUUCCUAGGCUGUGUGCGGCUUCUGUCAAAUGCAAUUAAUCGACUCAAGGACACUGGCUACCAGAGACUCGACCUAUGCAAACUUGGUCCCAAUGACAAUGACACUGUGCGAGGACAAAUUGUGGUAAGUCUUCAGUCAAGAGACCGGAUAGGCAGUGGUGGGCAAGUGGUGGACUGCAGUCGGCUUUUCGACAACGACCUACCUGAUGGCUGGGAAGAAAGGAGAACUGCAUCUGGCCGCAUCCAGUACCUGAAUCACAUCACAAGAACAACACAGUGGGAACGCCCAACACGGCCUGCAUCGGAAUACUCCAGCCCUGGCCGACCACUCAGCUGUUUUGUGGAUGAGAAUACACCAAUAACUGGCACCAAUGGUGCUACCUGCGGGCAAACCUCAGACCCCCGCAUUACAGAGAGACGAGUUCGGUCCCAACGGCACAGGAAUUACAUGAGCAGAACGCACUUACAUACUCCUCCAGACCUACCUGAAGGAUAUGAGCAAAGGACUACACAGCAAGGGCAGGUAUAUUUCCUGCAUACGCAGACAGGGGUCAGCACGUGGCAUGAUCCUCGAGUUCCUAGGGAUCUUAGCAACAUCAACUGCGAAGAGUUAGGUCCUCUCCCUCCAGGCUGGGAAAUCCGCAAUACUGCAACAGGGCGGGUGUAUUUUGUGGAUCAUAACAACCGGACAACCCAAUUUACUGACCCCAGGCUCUCUGCAAACUUGCAUCUCGUUUUAAAUCGUCAGAACCAGCAGUUAAAGGAGCAGCAGCCACCGCAGGUGGUGCCCCUGUGCCAGCUUCCGGACGAGGUUGAUAGUCUGACUGUCCCGCGUUACAAGAGGGACCUGGUACAUAAGCUCAAGAUACUCCGACAAGAACUGUCCCAGCAGCAGCCCCAGGCUGGCCACUGCCGCAUUGAGGUGUGUCGGGAAGAGAUCUUUGAGGAAUCUUACCGGCAAGUGAUGAAGAUGAGACCAAAGGAUCUUUGGAAAAGACUAAUGAUAAAAUUCCGUGGGGAAGAAGGCCUUGAUUACGGAGGAGUUGCCAGGGAGUGGCUCUACCUGCUGUCCCAUGAAAUGUUGAAUCCGUAUUACGGUCUUUUCCAGUAUUCCCGAGAUGAUAUUUAUACUUUACAAAUAAAUCCAGAUUCUGCCGUGAACCCGGAGCACUUGUCCUAUUUCCAUUUUGUGGGCCGGAUCAUGGGAAUGGCUGUGUUUCACGGGCACUACAUAGAUGGGGGCUUCACCCUACCUUUUUAUAAGCAGCUGCUUGGAAAACCCAUUACGUUAGAUGAUAUGGAGUCUGUAGAUCCUGAUCUUCACAACAGCCUUGUCUGGAUCCUAGAGAAUGACAUAACUGGAGUGUUGGAUCACACAUUUUGUGUGGAACACAACGCCUAUGGUGAACUAAUCCAGCAUGAGUUGAAACCCAGCGGCAAAAGCAUGCCAGUCACAGAGGAAACAAAAAAGGAAUAUGUCAGGCUCUAUGUGAACUGGAGGUUUUUACGGGGGAUAGAAGCACAGUUUCUUGCUCUGCAGAAGGGAUUUAAUGAAGUUAUUCCCCAGCAUUUGCUGAAAGCAUUUGAUGAAAAGGAACUAGAGCUGAUUAUCUGUGGUCUGGGGAAGAUUGAUGUAAAUGACUGGAAGUCGAACACACGAUUAAAACACUGCACUUCUGACAGCAACAUUGUGAAAUGGUUCUGGAAAGCAGUGGAGUCAUUUGAUGAGGAGAGAAGGGCCCGUCUGCUGCAGUUUGUCACUGGCUCCUCGCGUGUCCCCCUCCAGGGGUUUAAAGCAUUACAAGGUGCUGCAGGACCAAGACUUUUUACCAUUCACCAGAUUGAUGCCAGCACUAACAACCUACCCAAAGCUCAUACCUGCUUUAACCGUGUAGACAUCCCACCGUAUGAGACUUACGAGAAGCUUUAUGAGAAGUUGCUAACCGCCAUCGAGGAGACCUGUGGAUUUGCUGUGGAAUGAGGGGUCGCUUCUUCUAAAGAACACUUCCUCCAGUCAUGCCUGACUUGCCACCAUUCUGCUUCCCUGCCACAGGACACUGUGAUUGAGGCGAAUAACAAGCGUUAUGGGAUAUAUAUAUAUAUAUAUAUAUAUAUAUAUAUAUAUAUAUAUAUAUAUAUAUAUAUAUAUAUAUAUAUAUAUAUAUAUAUAUAUAUAUAUAUAUAUAUAUAUAUAUAUAUAUAUUUACAGUAUGUGUGUCUCACAAAGGAAAAGUCGUUGUGCUUUUGCGACUUAGCUGCUAUUUAAUUCAAUGAUCUUGGACAUUACAGAGAGCGCUGACUUCCUUAGAAAGGAGUGUUCUGCAUAUAAAGACUACUAAUAUUUUUUUAUAAGAGAAUGGUUAUAUCUAUUACAUUCCCUCCUUAUGGAUCCUUCACCACAAAAAUCACCUUUCACUCGGUACAAAUGGGGCCUCUGGCACUGGGACACCCACCUGCCCGACACCCUAGUAUGAGAAUGUCUUUCUCCAGCAACAUGUUGUCUUUGCUGUGGUGUUGGGGUUAACCUUUAACAUCACUUAGUGCACACCCACCAACCUUAAACAUGGCGCCAGCCGCAAGAUGAAUGCGUUUCACUUCAAGCCCCAGAUUUACUAAAUCUCUGCCCAGUUAUUACUAAUAUUUUCCCAAGACGUACCCUAAAUAGAAUAAUUUAAUAUCCAUUAUCACUCUUUUUAUCUUUAUUCUUCUUGUAAAAGUUUUUUUUUUUUUUAUUGACUGAAAAUUUUGUAGAAAGCAUUUUUUUAACCAAACCGCUUAAAUUAUAAACCACAAGUUUUCAUAAAGAUCCUUUUGUUGAAAUGAAACGUCAUACCACUGAUCUCUAUCCUCAAUGGUUUCAAAUCAGUUUUGCAAAAAAAGGAUGAAAAAUGCAAAAACGGGGGAAAAAAUGCCAUAUUUUGCUACUAAUGAAUUUGUUUUUCUAUAAUGGUUAUUCGGACAACGUGAAGAUGUUUCAGGGCAAACAAAUGAAGCAUUUUGUCUGAAAGCUUUAUCGGGUCUACCUACCUCUAUCUCUGUCUCAUCCUGGUCUUCACGUGUAAAUAGCAUUAAAAAAAGAGAAUUUUCUGUGAAAAUUCUGUACAUAUCUGUAUAGACCAGCUGUCAUUUCAUUGGGACAAUCUGUAUGUCUCCUGUCAUCUGCUUGUUAACCUGUAGGAUAUUCCAUAUGGAAAUCGUGGGUCCCAGCAGGUUCCUGUCCUGUUUGGCAGUAAAUGGGUUAACCAUGCCAGUGGGAGUUUCAGCAAAUCCAUUGCUCUUGAAAACUGUGUAUCAGAAUUUAGGCUACAUCUGUUGGUGUCACAGAACUUUGUCUCUUGGCACAAGCCCCUCGGGAAACAUGGAUGCCAUUUUUAAGCUUACAGGUUUAAUCCGUAUAGAAGUUACUGGGCAACUUCAUGGGGCAGAUGCAAGAUGUACAAAGUCGCAGGAUAUUGGGAGACUUUGGGGGAAGGUCAAGUAUCUUAACACGAGAAAGUAUUGCUGCAAAAUACAUGGAAAAACAAGAGCUAAGGAAUUGUCGUAUGGCUUCAUUACUUUGCCCCAUCAAGGUCCGUGCCAAACACUGGCAACAUGUAUAGACUUGUGUGGAUUCCAUACAGUAUGAUUGCUUGCCUUUGUUCCAACUACAUUCCUUUCUAAAGCUUUUCGGAUAUGACAUAAGAGCCACCAUGAAUUACCAUGCUCCCAUUGCUACUCUAGAACAUAGCUAUAGAGCUGGAGAUGUAGGGGAGUAUUUGCUCUAGAACAGUGCUUCAGUAAUGGCAGUGCAGAACAACAUUAGCUUUAGAACGCGGAUCAGGCAGAGCAGUUUGUUCUAGAACAUUGGGUGUCUGUCGGUGCAGCCUAGUUCCGCUGUAAAGUCAGGAGAAUUUGUCCUAGAAUAGGGGUUUUCUCUGAGUGAGGCUGAAGAGCUCAUGAUCUGUAACACAGCGUUACAACACCUGCUCUAGAACAGGGAGUUUAUUCUGAUUUCAUUGUGACUGGUGAAGCAGAAAACCCAGCCUCGAAAGAGCCUGUGCUGUAGCAUUGGCCUGAGUCUGAUCCUGGUUUCAUGGUAUCUGUGCUUUUAGGCUGUUUAAUGAUAAAUCCAGUUGUGUUAUUGCAAAAGCAUUGUGACCCCAAGUGGCAUUGCCAGGGUAAUAUCUAUUUGGGCUGGUCGUGGGCCCCCCAUGUUGUAGGUUGUGGCGCCAUCAUUGCCUGCUGCCAGCAACAUGUUUGGCAUAAUCACAUAACACUAGACGAAAGUCAGAACUUUAAACUUGGGUAGCCAAGAACACUAAAUAUAAUCGGACUCAGAAGUGCUGUUGGACCCAUGACAAUAAAUGGAGUCUCCCUAAGCUAAAAAGGGACCUGAAGUCAACUGCAUAGAGGCACCCUGUCAGCAGGAAGUCUUUAGUGCAAAGUAUCUCUUUCUUAAAUGGCAUUUCGGUAGUGCAAAGUAUCUCUUUCUUAUAUGGCAUUUCGGUAGUUUAGGUGAAAACCGGAGUCCGUUUAGUAGUGAAAUUCUCAAUACAUUGUGUUCAUGGAUCUUGUCAUUAAAGUACUUGCCUACAAUUCUCCUUGUGCAAGUGAAUGGAUAUCCUAGUACUCAUGUCACUGUCUGUACUUCUUUUUUGAUAAAUGACAACCCAGUCUUGCUUUAUGGUAGGGAUUCCAGUUAUCUGCUCAGGGUCUAGGGCUAUAGAGCGUACAAGAGAGAUUUGUUUGACGGAAUCCCUAUAAAGUAUAACAUUGUAUUGUCCGUAAGGAGGUCUGGAACAGGGAUCUCUUAUUUUCUGCUGAUGGGGGGGGGUGUUCAUUCACAAAAGCAGCACUCCAUGUGUUAUUCCCUGUAUAACCUGUGUGAAUGUGAACUCAGUCAGGACAGCCCCUAACUUUUUCUGCCUCCCCUGGGUGCUGCAUGGUUUUAAUCUAACUGUGACCUCGGAGUGCCUGGUUUGUGGGCCGCUAAAAGUAACAAGCUGGGGUGCAAUGGUAUUGAACUGCAGUGUCCAUAGCAAUAGUUCUGCUGCAAACCCCUUUACUGCCAAUGGGUCGCAAAGCCGCCUUACUCUGUUCUAGGGAAGCUCCCUGUGUGCUAUCUGGUACCACCAGUAGUGUCAUAGUGUAACAUGAUGGAAAAACUGCUUCAAUUUAUAGCUGAUUCAUUAAAAAAAAAGAGAUUAAACAAA